GAAACUGAAAGAUAAAAUGAUUAUUUGAACGGUUAGUCAGUCACUAGCUCAAGUUAGAAGCGCACUGAAUCUUCCCGGCCGACACAUGCCGAUCUGCAACCUUUUCUCGCCGUCGUCCACGUCAUCAUCUUCAAGGUCCAGCUCCACAAAAGCCUGGAUCAUUCACGGCCUGGCGGUUGGGGCGGCGGCCGUGGCCUACUUGUACUAUUGCCGAUCCGGUACGUUCCGGAGCCGGGUCGUCGGAAUUAUACCCGCCAGAUUUUCUUCCUCUCGCUUCCAGGGAAAGCCUCUUGUUCAGAUUCUCGGCAAGCCCAUGAUCCAAAGAACAUGGGAAAGAGCGAAAAUGGCAGCAACAUUGGAUCACGUUGUUGUGGCAACUGACGACGAUAAGAUUGCCGAGUGUUGUAGGGGAUUCGGUGCCGAUGUGGUAAUGACAGCAGAAUCAUGUCGAAAUGGAACUGAGCGGUGUAAUGAAGCACUUCAGAAGCUCGGUAAGAAAUAUGAUGUUGUUGUCAAUAUUCAAGGGGAUGAGCCGCUCAUAGAACCCGAAAUCAUAGAUGGCAUUGUCAAAGCCCUCCAGGCCUCUCCAGAUGCAGUCUUUAGCACAGCCGUGACUUCUCUAAAACCCGAAGAUGCUUUUGAUCCUAAUCGUGUCAAAUGUGUGGUAGAUAACCGUGGCUAUGCGAUUUAUUUCUCGAGAGGACUUAUACCAUUUAACAAGUCUGGAAAAGUGAACCCUCAGUUUCCAUAUUUACUUCAUCUGGGGAUUCAGAGCUUCGACUCGAAGUUUCUCAAGAUAUACCCUGAGCUGCCGCCAACUCCACUGCAGCUCGAAGAAGAUCUGGAACAGCUAAAGAUUGACCAGCCCGAACAACAUCAGAUGGGCCUAAGCCCAAUCACCAGUCAUCAAGUUCAUACGUAUUCACGAGGGGCACGUGACACCUGCAACAAACUCUCGCGCGUCCAUAUCCACUCGAAGAAAAUCCACCAAACAAAACCAAAACACUCUUUUUUCUCCACUCCCAUUUUCCGGCUUCAUUAUCUACAUCAAUAUCUCACGCGCGCGCGUGCACUCCACUCUGUCUGUACCGGUUUCUUCAAUAUCUUCGCCAUGGCAGCUGUGCUGGAAACCCUAACCGUUCCACGAGCCUCCGCUGUUCCAUCGGCAUAUUCGGCUCCGGUGGUCGGUCCCUCCGUUUGGCCCCGCGGCUCUCUCAGAUCCUCGGAUUUCAGAGGCCUGAAGAUCCAUCUUGCGCGGCCAUCAGCUCCGUUGAGCUCGAGAUCGAGGCUCGAUCGCCGUGGCGGCCGAAUCGUCUGCGAGGCACAGGAAGCAGCUGUCGAAGUGCCUGCCGUUACAGAUUCCUCCUGGCAGUCCAAUGUGCUCCAGUCUGAUUCUCCAGUUUUGGUCGAAUUUUGGGCACCUUGGUGCGGGCCAUGCCGCAUGAUCCACCCAGUUAUCGACAAACUGGCCAAGCAAUAUGCUGGGAAACUCAAAUGCUACAAGGUUAACACAGACGAGAGCCCCUCGAUUGCUACCCAGUAUGGAGUCCGAAGUAUCCCUACCGUUAUAAUAUUUAGAAAUGGUGAGAAGAAAGAAGCAGUCAUUGGUGCAGUUCCAGAGUCUACGCUACUAACUUGCAUUGAAAAGUUCUUGUGA